AUGGCUGAUCUACUCAUUUCUCCCCUUGUUAGUUCAAUUUUGAAAACCUUGAACUCUUUAGUGCUAAAAGAGUUUGGGAUAGCAUGGGGUUUGAAAACAGAUCUAGAGAACUUAGGGAGCACUCUAAGUACCAUUCAAGCAGUCCUUCAAGAUGCAGAGACCAAGCGAGGAAAGGGCGAGGCUCUGAAGAAUUGGCUGAGAAAGCUCAAUGACACAGCUUAUGAUGCAAACAAUCUGGUGGAUGAGUUCAUGAAUGAAGCUAUGAGGAGAAGGAUGGAUUCUAAGAGAGGCAUAAAAUCCCAAGUGAGAGCCACUUUCGCUCUUCUAAAACGGCUUAUAUUUCGAUUGAAAAUGGGGCAUAUGAUCAAUGAUAUGAAAGAUAGGUUAGAUGCCAUUAUAGGGGAGAAAAAUAAGUUUCACUUGAGGGAAGGUGUGGUGGAAACCGAAAAUGUUUGUGGGAUGGAGAGAGGACAAACUGAUUCAUUGGUAAAUGAAUUGGAAAUUUAUGGGAGAACUGAUGAGAAAGAAAUGAUAAUUGAAAUGUUGCUCAACAAUUCAAGUAAUCAUGAUGAUGAUGUUUCGGUAUAUGCUAUGUGUGGUAUGGGGGGGCUUGGAAAAACCACACUUGCUCAAUUGGUCUACAAUGAUGGAAGGGUGGAGAGCUACUUUGAGCUGAGAAUUUGGGUGUGUGUCUCUGUUGAUUUCGAUGUAGAGAGACUAACCAGAGCAAUCCUAGAGUCCAUAGAAGGUCGUGGGUGUAGUAUCUCAAACUUGGAUCCACUUCUACGUCGCCUCCAAGAAAAACUGUUUGGGAAGAGAUUUUUACUUGUCUUGGACGAUGUAUGGAAUGAGUACCAUGAGAAGUGGGAUAGGCUAAAAAAUGCACUAAAGUGUGGAGCUAAAGGCUGUACCGUUAUAGUAACAAGAAGAAUUCAGAAAGUUGCUCUUAUCACGGCUACACUUCCUAUACACAUGGCUUGUCUAUCGGAGGAUGAUUCUUGGUCCUUGUUUAAACAGCGUGCAUUUGGCAACAAAAGAAGAGAGAAAAACCUUCAAUUGAAUCUCAUUGGGAAGGAAAUAGUGAAAAAAUGCAAAGGGUUAGCCUUAGUAAUAAAAGCUUUGGGAAGCCUCAUGCAAUUUAAAAGAAGUGAAAGUGAAUGGUUAUCUAUGAAGGAGAGUGAGAUUUGGGAUUUGCCAGAUGAUGGAAGUGGCAUUUUACCUUCUUUGAGGUUGAGCUAUGAAGCCUUACCUCCACAUUUGAGGCAAUGUUUUCCUCAUUGCUGUAUAUUCCUGUCAUAA